AUGUCAAGAUAUCCUGGUUGUCAAGCCCUACAGCUUGAGACACGCUUGAAGAUCAACAUUAAAUGGCGCUGUUUCAAUUUUCCCAGAGAUGAAGGUUUCGGCGGGGUCGCGCUGUUCGCACUUUCCGGCUUCCUUAAACCACGCGAAACGACUCAGCCAUCCAAGCAAGGCGAGGUCGUUCAUGAUACCAAACUUGUAACGGUCCUAAUCAUCCAAAACACUCAGACAGAAAACGAAAUACCCGCAGAGAAUUCCCGCUGGGUCAGGUUUACCACGCAGACCCGAUAUCAAGAGCAGCCAUUGACCGCCAUGGAAUACAAAUACCCUAAGCAUCCCACCCAUUCUCUCUCAAUUCAGCAUCAUCAGUACAUUAUCUAUCUUAACAACUUCUUCUCUUAA